AUGAACAAAUCAUCCCACUCUACCCAACUCAUGAGUAAGGGCAGAACUUCAAAUAACAUGCAGUUAGCCGAACUGUUGGUAUGGUGCUCGCUAAAUGGUUUUGUGGCCAUCCUAGCGGUUCUUGGUAACUCGUUCGUCAUAGCAGCAUUCAUGCGUUUCAAAAAACUUAGGACACGAACGAACUAUUUCGUGGUUGGGCUUGCAGCUGCGGAUAUUCUGGUUGGUCUCUUAUCGAUUCCAUUUUGGAUCACAACAAUGGUUUCAAUUUGGCUUGAAAGUGUUUCUUGGAAGAAACGUUCCCUUUUAUACCGAGCUUUUAUCGCACUGGAUGUUUUCUCUGGUAUAGCGUCCAUCCUCCAUUUGUUAUUGAUAAGUUUGGAAAGAUUGUACGCUAUUGGCUGCCCUGUUAGGCAUCGAGUAUCCUCAACACGUUCCUACAUUCUGGCAGCAUCGUUAUCCUGGUGUUUAACGCUUAUUGUAACAGUUUUAUUCGCUGCACAGAAACAUUUUACUCAUUUUCCUCGUUUUUCCGUGUUACUAUUUUGCUUUCUCGUUCCUUUAAUUAUGAUAUGUUUUACUUAUAUCACGCUGUGGUUGCUUGUAAAGUUCCAGAAACAUGAUUCCAAUUUUUGGAACCGCCACAAAGAGAUAAAACUUAGCCUGACCAUCUUCUUUGUUAUUCUUCUGUUCAUUGCUGCUUGGACGCCUUUCAUGGUCAUAAACAUUGUCAUGUUUUUUUGUAGACAUUGUCUCAUUCCCAACAAGGUGGCUUACGCUUCCAAGCUUCUGCAUUACAGCAACUCAGCAGUAAACCCUCUGGUGUACGGAUACAGGCUGCCUGAAUUCAAAAGAGCCUUUAGAAUUCUUAUAAAAAGCAGAAAAAAAUUACGUUUUGCCUCCCUAAGCUUCAACCAGGGCAGUUUUGAAGUGAGGCAAUUGUUCAAGCGACAAAGCAAGAGUUCGGUAAAGGCAACCCAUAAACAGUUUGAAAGGAUAACGGCCGUUUAAUUGUAAGAACGGAAGUAAUAUUUAAUGGUGAAUCUUCAGAACACGUAUGAGCCAAAAAGAAAAAACUGGCAUUGGCGGUCUUAUUUUGCAUUUCCUUGGAGGUCGAAUUUCUUUGUACGUUGAAUCUAAGAAAUAUCGGUUUAUUAAGUACUCAACCUUUUCCCCGCAUAACUGAUAGCUUGUAAUAGGACUGAUGGAUUUGCUUUGACCAGAUAGCAGGCCAGUUUUUAUAACUUAAUUUGGGGUUAAUGGGAACUUAGCGUCGAUUUUCUAAAAUUACCGAGAGAAAGACUUUAGGUAACGAUGAAAUCAUAACUCACUCAAAGCUGGAGAAAAUGACGGUGGAUAUGAUUUCAGGUGUUUGUGAAAUAAACGAAUCACUGCCUUGAACCAUUAAUAGCAAAACUAACAAAAUACCAUCGACGGACGAUAUCUUCUGUUUGAAGAAUAUCUGCUGAAAUGUACUUAUACCCGGAUAUCCUAAAAUUUUCGAGGAACGGUCGGGCAAUUAUAGAGACGGGAACUAUACCAGGGGCACCCAACGAGAAUUUAGUUCAUUCAAAACCACUUAAACAUAGCAUUGUUAACAACGGUAGAUAUAGACAUACUUUUAUCCCCUAAAAAUUUUACAUCUUUUCGGAUUUCCUAGCUGAAAGUUUAAUGAUCCGAGAGUUAUAGGGAUCAAAAAAUUUCAGCCAGAAAAAAGGCUCCCGAAAAUUCUAGGCGACCUUUUAAGGGUAAAAAUAGUUAAAAAUAGGCAAUUUCACCAUUUUUUUAGAUGUUCGAAAAUCCCAGGAGAGGCAGGCAAGCAAGAAAUUUUACAACAAAUGUUCCGAAAGAUCUCAAAUCGUCUUCCGAACAGAUAUUUUCCGGAAAGUGACGUUGGGUGCCCCUGCUAUACAUAGACCAACGUAAGCUUCCUUUUACGUUAAAGGAAUAAUGAACAGUUAUUAGCUUCGGCUUUCGUGCGAUGUAAAGAAUUAUUCAGAUUUCGGAGGGCGUUAUCCGCAUCUGCAUAAUUCUUUUUAUUACAAACUGAGUCAUUGGAUAAUGCACUUCUAGAGCUCUGAUUGGCUAAGCCAAUAUGGUAUAUUUAGCCAUUAUUGAAUGAGGCUGACUAGGAUAUGAAGAAUUCUGCAGAUGGAGGAGUUUGGAUAACACCCUCCGAGAUCUGCAGAAUUAUUCAUAUCCUACGAAAGCCGAAUUCAAUAAUUGUUUUAUUAUUCCUUCAAAAUAAUUCCAAGUUUAAAAACAAGCUAAAACAUGCUAAUCUCGGUUGAUGUAAGUUCAUAUCGAUAAUGCACCUUUAUCGGGAAGUUUAGGAGAUAAAGGUCUGCUCAGGUCUGCAAAUAUACUCCAAACAGCAAAUAGCAGAUGUUGUCCGUCGAGUUGUCUUCUUGCUGUUCUUGCGAUGGUUUUAGACAAUAUUUUGCCGUGAAGCGAGUAAAAUGUUCCGCGACAGUUCCGCCAUUAUGUUCUAACUACCAAAACAACACGACAACUCAACCUCGUCCACAGGUUUUCUCGGUCAACAUUUCAAUAACCUGCAACCAGGCUGCACUUUUGACGUCAUUUUGACGUCAUCGGUUUAAUACGACAAAAUUCAUUCCAAAUUUGGUCAACAGCAGCUGGUUAUGGUGAAUUAUGCGAGUGUUUUUAACCAAUCAGAAACGGGGAAAUAUUUUGAAUGAAUAAUAAGAACCAUUAUACCAUGCUCUCUAAAUAUGGUAACUGUACCUGUCUGCUCAAAAUUAAAAACAAGCUGAAAAUCCGUUGUUUUUAGAAAUAAAGUCGGAAAGAAUUCCCGAUAUUUUGUGGGCGUUUUUAACAAAAAAAUUAUUGCACUCGCGCUUCUUGGAAAUGAGAUGAUUAUAGCCAACUCAUAUCCAACGCGCACUCGUGGAAUAAUUGUUAAAUAGAAGAGGUGUACGCUUGAAAAUCAGACUCGUACUCAAUCACUAUUUAUGUGUUGGGUACGAGUUUGCAUGAAAAUCGCUUUCCAACUUGCACAGAUAUACAACUAUCUAGUUUGGAAUGUUACGUUGGAGGUAACUGCCAUAAUGAGGGAUAUGAGGGCGAUAAAUAAAGUUAAAAACACAAUUAUCAUUUAUGAAAGUGAUUUUGGCAAUCAACAGUUACCAGCCACCAGCAAAUUGCCUUCGAUUAGGCGUAAGGCGUUGUUUUUGAAUAUCACACAUAGGACAUCAACUUGUCUUAUCCUACGUAUAAUGUUUUGAAUGCGGCUCAAGGACUUGUUUUCUGUUCGGAAACGUGAACGCAACGAUGAAAAACUGCUCAGGCCUGCACCGCAACGGCUGCUACAAAUAUUGAGCUGACUAUAUAUUUUAUUAAUGAAAUUAGAAAUGUAAAUUGAAAGGCAGAGAAAAGAGCAAACUUGUCACCGGGGAAAUUAAUUAAUAUUAACGCCGGCAUGGGUUUACAAGCGACAUGGCCUUAGUUUUUCGCAGCUCGAUAAAACUUUGGGUUUGAAAUGGCUUGAACACGAGUCUGUCCAAAUUCGCGGUCUGCACAGAACUCAUCCUGCGGUUCCCGUGCCCUGCAAUAGCAAAGAACAAUCCGCAUAUCUGAGUAUGUUGGUUUGAGUCUUAUCUCAAAUUCGAUAAGUGUUUCAAUUUUCUUCUUUCAUUCUUUCACAAACUGUCCGAGAGACUUUGCAUAAACUCUGAUUUAUUUGUCAGGUAAAAUUUUAGUUCAUUCUGAAAUUAGACAAUAUCUUAACGCUCUGAUCAUACGGAAUCACUAACCCUAUGUCAAUAAAUUAAACUAUACAAUUAUUCAAAUAACAGUUAUUAUGUAAAAAAUAUACUUUCAACGCAAAUUGAAUUUAUCACCAACAGCGUUAGCACCGGAUUUCAAUUUUGUUCUUUAAAAGUGAAAGGGAGCGAGAAUGUUUACAGUUCAUAUCAUUCAAGUGAUUUGAAGCCCGCUGUCAGGUUGUUUGUUAUGAAACUCGGAUCAGCAGCUCAUGCGACUGGACUGAGGGACAGGUGAAAUCAAGCUCUUCAAUGUUAAAUGUCGACAAGCAACGUUCGUGUCAUCUUAUGAAACUCUUAUCUUUUGAGUUUAGCGGAUUACACCCAAAAGCGUUUCUUUGUGGAAAAAACCUUUGUAAGUGUGACAUUUCUUGAAGAAGUCUUACUUAUAGAUGGCAAGAUUUAUUUUAUGCAUGUAAAGCUAAUCCCAUUUCAUGUUCACAAUCAAUACAGUGGCUUUUGAAUGCUUGAUUUAAUUGUGGAAUAUUUCUACUGGCUGCUGAUUAAAAAGACACUUUACUGUGUUCUUUCUAAACAGUCGUAUUAUUUCCCUUCUUUCUUAGAUCCCUUGCUGCUCUAAGUGUGCACGGCAAAGAUUAUUGCAGACUGAUACCAUCCCGGCGGCUCGCCGCAGUAGUGGUUUUAAGUCGGGCUAAGCUUGAAACCGACGUAGCUUUAGCCAGGUAGUAUAGUUUACUGAAACUUCUGUUUGUUGACGCUACAAUAACAGUUGGUCUUCAUCACUACUGCAGGCAACGUAAUACACGUGAAAAGCCCAUAAUUCCUAAUGAAUGUUCAGAUCGGUAACCGAUCAAAAGCCCAAAAGAACAUAGUAUAUAGUUAGACUACAACAAAACAGAGUUCGUCCUGCAAACUGAACCUGAGUAUCCAAUGUUACAGCUUGUAUUCGUCCGCUAUUUCAAAGUACUAAAUAGAAAUCGCCUCGUAUUAUUUAACUGAGUAGGCUGAAUUCAGAACGUUUAGAAUCAAAGAUAAAAUUAUUUUCAGCAAAUUUAUUCUACCAAAGAAAUCCUCAAUUGACUUUGAUUAGCUGACAAAAAAUGUUGCAGUUAAAUCAACUAUACCUGUAACCAAUAACUGUGCCGCAGUGGAUACAUUCGCUGUCCCUUUCUUGAGCUCACGACUUAGGCUAAUUUGUUUUGUUUCCAGAAUAAGUACCCUGUAUCUAUUUCUAGUAGAAACUAAAAUUCUUUUCAGUAGUUGAAAAAAAUAUAGACUCAUUUGCUCUAGUUUGUCAGAUUAGAUAAAAAACAACGACAAUGUUUGUGGAGUUUGGAUCACAAUUAUCUUUCUUUGGCUAUUAUUUACAACCCCUUCUCUUACAAGUAGAAGAAGGUUAGUCACAAAAUUCUGAAUAACUUGCUUUGCUGUUGACAAGUAAAUAUUUUUUAAAACAUGAUAGAUUUUUGUUUGAAACUGCUGAUGAUCACUUCUCAUCAUUGAAUUUAUCAUAAAAAUCGAUCGCCGACUUAAGUUCUUCAGGUCGCGGCUGUUUCCUUAAAAAGUAGGCGUAAUCCCUUUGGACUCGCCGAAAGUGCUAUGUUUAUAUGUUUACAAAGAGCAAUUUUUCCUAUUCAGCCAUUAAAUAUAUUAUUCUUAAGUUCUUUAUCCUUGAAACCGGAAUUUCCUUAAGCCUUUACCGGCCGUGGAGAAGAAAAAUAAUAAGCCUCGACAGCUGACCAUGGCUGUUCUCUGUAGCAGUGUAGAAACGGUUAAAAAUCAAAGGGCUGUCUGAGACAUCUCUUAUACACGGCGUGUUUCAUCAUCCCCCGUCAGUGUGUAAGUACUCCCUAUUUCCAAAUUCGGUUGCCACAGAAGAAAAUAAAUCCAUGGAAAAAUGUGCAAUUCACAUGGAUUGUUAAAAGUACUUUGAAGAUGUUGGAAACAGUAAAAUGAGAAAAAAAUUCAAUUAAUCGUAAUGCAGUAAGAAAAAAGUUCUUUCUCUUUUAGUAUGUCUAAUCGGGAUUUCCUAAGAAAAUUUUUUGAUGGUAAAAAGAGACAGUCGAAAAACACAAGUGGCUAAGUCUUUAUAAAAUCUUUGUGUUUUCAUUACGGUGUUUUGACUCAGCGGAAAAUUACCCUUAACUUUGAAAUUUGUCACUCUUCGUAAUUUUGUCAACUUUCUUCAAUCUCGUAGGAUUAUUGCCGGAGGGCCUUUUUCGCACACAGCUGUAUCUCUAGCUUUGUGAUCUCUAUGUGUCUUCAACCGAAUGUACGGCUCGACGUACGCUACUAAAAUUAAACUUUUUAUAGUCCUCAGAGAACAAGGAAAAACAUUUUCUAUUUAGAAAUAUGAUUGUGUUUAUGGCAGCGUUUAUAAUAUUUUUUUGUUUCGACUGACAGAGACAAUGCAGGACGGCACAAGAAACUUGUCUAAACCAAGCACCUUGUCCGCUGCCGGCGACCCGUGGCUUACAGAGUUAUCAACUGUGGAGCUUGUGGCUUGGUGCGUACCAUGUGGUGUUGUUGCCCUUGCAGCCAUAUUUGGCAAUACAUUAGUUCUCGCCUCGUUCUUUCUUUCUACAAAUAUCCGUCAUCAAGUGGUUAUGUUUGUAGCUGGGUUGGCAUUGGCCGAUGUGCUUGUUGGCGCAGUUUCCAUUCCGAUGUGGAUUUAUACGUUGUUUCUGUCUUGGAAAACUAGAAGACCUGCCGAGGACAUUUGGCUUACCCUAAUUUAUGACGCUCUUGAUGUUUUUGCCGCGUUGAACUCGAUUUUUCAUUUGACCGCGAUUAGCAUCGAGAGGUUCUUUGCAACGGUUUAUCCUUUCACUCAUCGAAGCAUUACAAAACGUCUUUACCGUGCCCUCAUAAUAGCGAUUUGGAUGACUUCUGCAAUUGUUUCCUGUUCCUUCUUUCUUCCACUCGGAAAAGCAUCUUUACAAUUUCGCUUUUUUCUCCUAAAUCUAUUGUUUAUUAUCCCACUAAUCAUUAUCUCUUUUAGCUACGCGAGAAUUUGGCUCAAAGCCAAGACAGGUCUACGAAAUGUUCCAGACACAACUAAAAAGAUGUCCUUUACUUUACUGAUCGUCAUUGGUUUGUUCGUUGUUGCCUGGACACCAUUUUUUGCUGUCCGCGGAAUACUUCAUUUCUGCCAACACUUUUGUGUAUCAUGGAGACUCUUUUACCUUACCAAGCUAUUUCAUUUCAGCAACUCGGCUAUGAAUCCGUUGGUUUAUGGCCUUAGAAUACCAGAAUACAAAGUA